CUCGAGUUUUAUUCUUCAAGCACUGAGAGAGCUUUUUUUUAACAUUCACAUUAUACCUCAAAAAUUAAAAACUCUUUAAAGUUGUAUUUUGCAAAAGAACAAAAAAAAGACUGAAAAGUGAAAUUUUCCACAUUCUUUUAAACUUUUUUGCAUUUAUACCGGGAGUCCUCUACGCAAUAGUAAAAUCAAAAAUAUGAGGUGGUGGAGUACAUGAAGACACAACGUAGGGUGCUCUCCAAAUGAUCCACCCACAAAAUAUGCAACAAGGUGAUCCAUUUGAACUGCAGUAGAAGUUAGAAAAAUCCCGCGCAAAAUGCGAUCCACUCAUUCACCCCCAAUUCGAUCACGCUACGACUUCUACUACGCCGUCUCACCACCAUCAUCCAUCACAAAUUACUACGACAAUCACAAUGGGAGUCUCUUUGGGGAUCCUGUACCACCACCACCGGCGGGAUUCCUUGAAAAUCUCGAUGCCUACAUGUAUGGGAAUCUACGAAGAGGCUCCAGUGCAACGGCCUCAUUUGGGGGACAUCAACUAUCGGAAUUCUCUGCAAGUGACUUCCGUCGUGCUUCUGCCUCCAAUUUGACUGAAUCGGAAAUCACAAGCAAUGGACGGAGGUUUAGUGAUCUGAGCGAAAUGCGCCCAAUUGCAUCAGCUACCAUACAGACAUCAUCAUCCUCAUCGGAUCAUCUUUUUGGGCAAUCAACGGGAGCUCCAAUGGAGGGCCUGCGAUCACCAACAGAGUGGCUUAGUUAUAAAACAGCAGCUGAAGAGUGGAGGAGCUCCUUCCCGCGUGCCCAAAGUGCCCGGAAUGUCACGGAAGUUAAUCAUGGUAGUGCUAUGACUGCCCUCAUUCUCCCUGAUACAUCAUCAUCAAGUGGUGCAGCUACACACGUUGAAAAUACCCCAGAACCGCAUCGAGGGACAUUCAGCAGUAUCCCCGAUACACAGAUUGCCUCAGCAACGAGUAGUGACAAUGCUAGUGAUAUUCAGGAACCAGAGAAGGAAUUCGAAGCGCCCCCUGAGCCAGUUAAUGGAAUAAUUUCACCAUCUCCGGCAAUAAUAACUGAUAAAAUAACAACAGGGCCGUACAGAAUUCCAGCAACAAGGAGUGGCUCAAAGAGAUCAGCUUUUGCAAUAAUCACACAACUCUCGCCAAAUAUUUCACGUCCAGAUAGCCCAAUUUCCGGACGCUUCUCCCCCUUCCGUGGACAUGGAUUCCGGGACGUGGGUUCGCACACAUCCUCACGGGCUGUCUCCCCGUCGCGCACAUCAAAAUCCCUGGAGAAUUUCUUGCAACCCAUGAAUUCAAUCUACGGACCCCGAAGACCGAGUUUUGAUAUUCUCGACACACGCGAAAUGGAGAGUUAUCAAAUCUCCACAGAUGUACGCCACAAGACCAUGAUUCAGAUUGCCUCAUCGGGUUACUCAACCCCCCAGGACUUCCGGAUGCGCAGCUACGAAGCUCUGGAUCGUGUUCCACGAGCUCGAUCGGGGCUAUCAGCAUCGGAAUCCAUGAAGCACCUCGGAAGGCCAAGUUUGCGAAGACGCAGCUCCUCAGGGAGCACCACGAGACUUCCGGUGCGCUCCAGAAGUUCCGUCCAGCGUGGUGUUGUACGUGUUAUGAGUCAAAGUACAUUAGGAUCUCCAUCACGUAUUCCACGGCCACGUACAUCAAUUGGCAACAGUUAUGAUGAUCUUACCAGAAGACGGGAUUCCUCUCUAUCCCCACGGAGACGGAGUUCCAUAUCCCGAACGUCUUCCAGGCGCUCAAGUAGACGCCAGAGUACCGCUGGCCAUCGUCCAGCUGUAACAAUCUUGGAUGGGGAAGUUAUUCCGCCACAGCAAGAGAGAUCAUCACGAUCCCCACGGCGUCCUGGUGUCCUUAAAGUCACUCCUUUGUCUCCCAUCAUUGGAACACCGAAUAAAGAGCCCGAAACUCAAGAAGGUACUGCUGAGGAAGCCAAAAGGAAUAUCACAAUGUCUCCCUCGAGAAUUCCUGUGCGUUCUGGCAGCAUCUCACGCCCAAUGUCACGCUCCAACAGCACCCUCGGUGUCUCAGCGGCCAACCAAAAGUCUCAGGGAUCCCCGGCAGCUACUUCCAGGGACGCCAGUCCGGGGAAAGCAUCCACUAAAGCCACAUCGAAAUCACCAAGUAAGAAGCCACAGAAGCCCUUUGUGAAGUGUCACGAACCCAAAAAGGUGCCCACAAAGAAACCUCCAAGUAGCUCUUCAGGUGUCACGACGGACAAAAAGAUUGUGACAAAGACCACGAAGAAGAUUGAAACUGUACCCAAAGUAAGGAAACCCGAUGAUGUAAAGAAACCCGUGAGAAAGACACCGAGUUUCCGGAAAGAUAUUGCAACGAAUGGUGCUGUGAAGAAGGAACCAGCAAGCACAAAGAAGGAACCCUCAUUGGCCAAAAAAGAACCCUCAAGUGUACGUCAAGAAAGCUCAUCAGCCACAAAAGAAGCUCGUGGACGGGUUAGUAGGGAGAAUUCAGGACUCACAAGGACGAAACCUCCGCCAAAGUUAGAGAAAAAAGCGAGUUUUCGUGCCGAAAAGGCACCACCCAAAGUUAAGGAACAAGAAAGCAUGGAUAGUGAGGAAUCCAUCAAGACGGGACCUUCAGAGUCACCAGAUAAAUUCCAAAAGCUCAUCCCACUUACAAAACCCAAUGUUGUCUCAAUGACUACGGCUGCUAUUGCAUCGCAACCUGUACAGAUUACAACAACACUUACGAAUCAACUAGCAGCACCAAAGCCCUCGGAAGACACCGAAAACAAGGACAUCCAUCCAGCUGCAAUUUUGGAGAAAUCCCAAAAAACCCUCGAAACAAUCCAGAAGACAGUCAAUGAGGCCACAGAAGAGAUUCACAAGACAAUCACGGAGAAUUUAACGGAUCUCAAAACAUUGGAGCAAGAUAUUCAGAAAGCCACGGACUGCGCAAGAGAGGAUACAGCUGUAAAAGAAAAACCUCCGGUAGUAAAACAGGAGAGCACAAAAAAGCUUCAAGAAGUUUGUGAAAAGAUUGCAUCGGAGGCAUCUGUGGUGGGAAAAAUGUCUCAAGAAGGACGGAAAACACCCAAAGAGACGCUUUCAAAGCAACCAAGUGCUCAAACACUGACAAAACUCCCGGAAGUUAUUCCCGAAAUUGAGAGUAACAACAAUGAGCCAAUAAAGGAAGUACCACCAGUUGAUGUUGAUGUUUCCGUUGUGGAGACAAACAACAAUAACCCAGUAACGGAGACGGAUAAGAAUAAUUUAAGUGAUGGAGCAAGUGAGGAGAAAAUCAGCGAGAGAGCAAUCUCAGCAUUACCUGAAGUUGAAUUGGAAAGUGGAAAUGUUCAACAAGCACCAGCAGUUAAUCCGGAAAUUACGCAAAUUACCCCAGAAGUUGUCAAAAGUACGAAUGGAAAUGGCUCAUCGGGAGAUGUUGACGGAGGAGAAAGUUCGCUGAAGGAGCCAAAAGCUCCUCCCAGCAGUAGGUGCUCCAAGUGUUCCACGUGCUGUCUUCCGUGUCGAAAGUUGCUUUGUUGUUGCCGAAAGAGCACAAAGGAGGAAACACCGGCACCUCUUGUGCCUUCCACGGAUUCCCUUGAGACCAUAAACGAGAAAACAUCUCGCUGGAAUUGUUGUAAGCGAAAGAAGAAAGACAAGGAGGAGAAAGAAGUCAAAGAAACGAAAGCCGAAAAGAAAAAAGCUAAGAAGGAGGAAGCUGCAAAAGACGACAAAGAAGCAAAAACCACACAAAAUUGUUGUCGUGCCUGCCUCAAUCGGCUUUUGUGUUGUCGCUCCACCAAUAAAGUCGACAGUCACCAACGAAUGCCGGAACCAGGUGGUGAGGAUACAAAAAAAGGAUCCACGUGCUGUUCGUGCCUACCCUGUCGACGUGAGCGGAAAAAAUCCGACGCCUCAACGGCAUCCACGUGGGCUGAAAGACAACCAAGUGACGCACAAAUGGAACCAAAAGCUCCCGGAUGUUGCAAACGCUUCUGGCGUUGCCUCUGCUGCAGUAGCUGCUGUCGCCGGAAGGAGGACAUUGAGAGUCGCCGAACGAGUCUCAACAGCAAAAAAGCCAGCAUUGCACCAGCUGUUGUUGAGAAACCAAAAUUGGAUUUAUCUCUCGUUGAGCAUACAUCCUUGAUGAAGGCUGCCAUUCCGGUGAUGCAUAUUUGCUUGGCAUGGUUCUGUCUCAUCUGCAACUGCCUCGUCCCGGGUCUAGGAACAAUCUUUUCAGGACUCUUUUGCCUCUGCCUCGGAACUCCGCGAUUUUCUCAACACGACGGAUUCAGAGCACGCAUUGGGACAUUCUUAAUUGAUAUUAUUGUCGGUGUAGCUCAAGCCUUCACCGUUCUAUUUUGUCUUGUCGGUUGGGGAUGGUCAAUUUGGUGGGGAACAAUUAUGGUGCGCCUUGCUAGGAAACGUAGGAAACUCCGUAAAGCCCAAAGAGAUGAGGAAGCUGCUGAAGCAGCCACAAUUAGCAGUCGAUCGCAACCAGCUCCAAUUCUUCCGGCAGGAGCUUCUCCCAUUGUCGCCACAGAUGCCCCAGCGGCUGAUCCCUAAAUCCGGCUCGAAUUCCACAAAAAAAUUCUGCAGAGAAAAUUUUCAUAUUUUUGUAAUAAACGUCCAAGAAAACAACGGGAAAACUUUAUAAGAAAAAAUCUUAAAAAAAAACAUUUUCGCCUUUUUUUCAUCAAGAAAAAAAAUUAGAGUGUAAAGAAAAAAACCACGGAAAAAUCUUUUACUAUGUGAAUAGGAAAAUGUAUAAAAAAAAAUCUUUGUAUAACUCCUUUUUAUUGUACCAACUAAGCCACAUUUUAUCACAAAAAAAAACUUUUACCCACAGAAAAGGAUUUAAGAAGAAAAAAAUGUAAAAAAGUGAAAAAUUGUUAUAUAGACUUGGAAUAAUGGUGCAAUGUUGUUGCUAAAAAAAAAACUUGAAAAAUAAAACGUUUUCAAAAGAAAAGAAAA